ACGUAGCGGGAUUCAAGCUAGACUGGCUAAAGACAAAGCUUAAUGAGGUUUCCUUGGAGAGGAAGAAAUCAUAUGGUGAUGAUACUGAAGUCCAAGAACUCGAGGAACACAUCAAGAAUCUCAACGUUGAACUGGACAAGGAGAAGGUCAAGUCUACUACUUCUGCUGCUAAAGUUCUGUCUUUGGAGCAGACAGUGUCGUAUCUUACAAAUCAAAUGUCAGGUCUUAAAGAUGAUGUGUCGGAUCUCAAAUAUGAGGUGUCGGAUCUUAGAGAUGAGCUCAACAAGGAGAAGACCAGUUCUGAUACUUCCGCUGCUGAAGUUUGGUCGUUGGAGAAGACAGUCUCGGAUCUUAAAGAUGAGGUGUCGGAUCUUAGAGAUGAGCUGAACAAGGAGAAGACCAGAUCUGAUACUUUUUCUGCUGAAGUUUGGUCGUUGGAGCAGACGGUCUCGGAUCUUAAAGAUGAGGUGUCGGAUCUUAAAGAUGCGCUGAACAAGGAGGAGGCCAAAUCUGUGUUGUCAUUGGAACACACGGUGUUGAGUCUUAGAGAUGAGCUAAAGAAGGAGGAGACCAAAUCUGAUACUUGUGCUGCUAAAGUUUUGUCGUUGGAGCAGACGGUGUCGGAUCUUAAAGAUGAGCUGAACAAGGAGGAGGCCAAAUCUGAUAUUUGUGCUGCUAAAUAUUUGUCGUUGGAGCAGACGGUGUCAAAUCUUAAAGAUGAGCUGAACAAGGAGAAGGGAAAAUCUGAUACUUCAACUGCUAAAGUUUUGUCAUUGGAACAGACGGUGUUGAGUCUCAGAGAUGAGCUAAAGAAGGAGAAUGGUGUUGUUUCCUCUUGGGAAGUGUUGGAUUACGCAUGA